AUGCUGACCUGCGACUUCUUAGAUGACGAAGAAUUUCCACCUCUCGGCACGCCAAAGGAUAAACGCUCGGUGGACAGCUUUGGAGCCUUGAUGCGAUCCCAAUUGAUGAGCGACUCUCAACCAUUAGGACGUUCCGGCACUCCGAGUCUGCCACCAGGCCUGCCACUUCCUCAGGGGCAUUCUAUCUCUGCACUUUUCCAGGACCAGUUCAAGUCUCCCAGCCCGGUAUCGUCCGUCGCUGGACCGCCUCCUGGGCUGGAAGCCCCUUCCCCUUCAGUAGCAGCUGCGUCGAGAAGCUCGGAGGAUGAUGCAACGGGCGUCCCGUCGAAACAGCCUGCUGAAAACAAGCAAUCGUCUAACAGGACUAAAAAUGCUGCAGAGAUAUCCUUGGGUUCGCCUGUGGCAAAGUCGGCCGCCAGGGUUCGUUCCCAGCCAAAGGAGGAACUGGCCCCUACUCCUGAGAAAAAGGCUGCUCAGCCAAAGCCCGUGGGAUCUAGCGAAACCAAACCUUCUGCUGCCAAGGCCAAGCCGAUGAAACUGGAUUUGAGCUUCAAUGCCCCCCCGGCCCCAGAGCCUGUUCAAAAGGUCGAACCUCCGCCAUAUCAGCUCUCGGCUGCCCCCGCCACUGCUGUAAGCUCACGACCGAAUACGCCGCUAACUAGUGCUUCCCGGGUCUCGGAAUCACCAGUGCCUCGUCAAGCUCGCGUUCUGCGCGUUGUCGACACUCCAAAGGCAGAGACGCCUCCUCCGAUGUCUGCCACCCAGUCAGUUGCAUCCUUCUCGGUAACAAGCAAAGUUCGCUCCAGACGCCCUAGUGUCUCGUCACUGAGCCGUUCUGAUACGCCCGGUGACUUCGGGUCUGAGGCAGACCUCUAUACAUCCACAUCGGCUUCGCGCGCCAAUUCCCCUCCCGCUUCAUCGAGAAUCGGCUCUGCGCCAGUGAGAUCUAUCACCAAGAGCCAGUUGAAGAAGGAGCGAAAGCAAAAAGCCAAGGAAGCAGAGGCCAAGAAGCAGGAGACUACGCCUGUAGCUGAAGAGCCAGAGAUCGCACCUAUCGUCGGCAGAAAGCGAAAGACCAAAAAGGCCCCUACUGAGUCGCCUAUUACGCCUUCGGAGAACACUGCUCCUGCUACCAAGCCUGCCGCGGCAGCCAGUACUGAGCCAUCUGUGAAGGUUGAAGCAGCCAAGAAGCCCAAGUCGCCCGAGACCGUUAAGGAGUCGAAGCCUGCACCGUCCGAAGUGAAAACGCCUGCCGAGGAGAAAAAGCCCGAAGCAUGGCGGUCAAAAAACACUGUGGAACAGUUACUGAAGGAUACGGAAGCUACUGGCGUCCCACUCAAAGAACUCUUUGCUGAGCGCACUUCCCCUCUACAAGCAUUGCUCUCGCAACUUCACAAGUCGGGCGCCCUAGAUCUCAACAGCCACCCUCUGUUCAACCCUUCCAACCUCAACCAACGCUUCGACAUGAAGUGUACUUCGGAUGACUACGAAGACCUCAAGCAACCGAUUGAGCUGACCGAGCAGCAUCGCAAAGCCUUGCUACGCGGAGAGCCGAUCCGGAUGGGCUCGGAUUCAAGCUCGCUGAAGCAUCGCUGCCUGAUUAGCCCUCGGGGCUGCAUCCUUCACCAUCUAACCCCUGAGGAGGAAGACCGCUACCUCGCCCUUGAGAAGAGCAUAUCCUGGGCCAUCGACACCUUCCAAGAAUACCCCGCCAUCCCCAUCACCGAGCCAGACGCCACCAACCGCGGCGGCGGUCUCGACGCCCUCUUUGCCACACCAGAGAACUUCAACAUCUGCUGGGUCGACGAGACCUCCGCCGGCGCGCUCUCCGCAUCGUCACCUACCUCCGCGCACUCCACCACCGACGGGGGUCCGCUCUCCUCCAUCCCGCCCAACGUCCUCUCCGCGAUGGAAGCAGACAGCACCCGCAACCACAACUGGGCCAUCUCCAACGCCGCCGAGCUCAUGAAUGCGACGGCGACCUCAGUCCGCUCGUUUGCGGCCGCUACCGCGAAACACAUGCUCGGUGCAGCGGGUGUCGUUAUCGGGAAUCUGCCUGACCUUGACGAUGUUGUUGGGAUGACGGAUGAGGAGCUGCGUUCGUUUGCGGUUAAGAGUCAGAAGGAGCUUGAGGCGUCGAGGAAGGAGCUUGAUGCGAUUGAUAAGAAGCUGGGUGCGCUGGUCAAACGGAACAAGAAGCUUGCGCAGCAGGCUCUAGCUACUUAG